AUGGAAACCAACAAUUCAGGACGUGACCAGGUCGUCCGCGUGACCGUGGCGUGUGGUAUUCUCGCGACCCUGGCGGUAUGCCUCCGCUUUGUGGCACGAUGGAGGAGCAAAGCUACAUUCGGCGCCGACGACUGGUGGAUGGCCGCAAGUUUGAUCCCAUCGUAUUGCAUGCUGGCAGUGGGCUCGAUCAUGAUUACGAGUGGUAAAGGUGGCCACCAUGCUGACACGUUGACUGAGAGCCAGAUGGCAACGUUCUUGAAGACACUCGACGCAUCUUUAAUAACCUACACUCUCACCAUCACCAUGGUCAAGAUCUCCAUCCUACUCCUCUACCGCCGCAUCUUCACCACCCCCAGCUUCAAAAGAGCAACCACGGUAGUCGGCAUCGCGUGCAUUUCUUGGCUCAUUGCAGCGCUUUUCUGCCUCGCUUUUCAAUGUCACACUGAUGCCGAGAGGUACAAUGCGGAUAGUAUUUUCUCAAGCCAAUGUAUCGAUCUGAAGGCUUACUGGGCUGCUACCACUGGCUCGAACAUGGCUCUCGAUCUAGUUAUAUUGUGCAUGCCGCUUUAUAUGGUGUGGAACCUCAAACUUGCGACUCAUCAGAAGAUAUGGCUUUCUGGCACCUUCGCCUUGGGCACAUUCUGGACUAGCAGACGUACUGCAUCAUCUUCUUCCGCGAAGAACAACGGACGCCGCUCAGACCUGGGGAUUGACCCCGAAAGCGACCAGAAAAUUGAGAAGAAGCCGAUGAGAUGGCCGUCGGAACGUCGUAAGAGUGACAUGGAACUAUCUGGGUUUGAGCAGCUGGCCAAUGCCCGGAUACCGGGGGGCAUUAGCUUCUUGGAGAAAGCCGAGAGCGAGAGGACUGAGCACAAUUUGCAGGAUGAUGGGGGAUCUACCAUGGCCAGGGCGAAGAGUGAGGAGUCUUUUGUUUGA